AUGUUAUUGAAAUAUGGCGCAAAUGUAAAUGCACGUGAUAUUGAUGGUAGGACACCAAUAUUAUGGGCUGCAAGUUAUGGAAAUUUGGAAAUAGUAAUUAUUUUAUCACAAAUUGGAGGUGAUAUAUAUGCAACUGAUAGGGAUCAAUUAGGUACAAUACAUUGCGCUGCAAGCAAUGGUCAUCCACAUAUUAUCGAAUAUCUUAUCAAUACACUUGAUCCGUUAAUUGUUAAUUCGGUAGACCGGAAUGGUGAUACCGCAUUAUUUUAUGCUGUAACAUUGGGACAUUAUGAAUGUGCACGAUUACUUCUACUUAAUAAAGCUGAUGUUAAUUAUCAGGUAUGA